CUGCGUCGUCCGUCGACAACUCCUGCAGAGUCCGUCAACAAGCGACAACAAUCCCUAACCAUCAUCAUCAAUAGGCCAAGAGGAGGAACGGAAGAGCUCCGGAAGCAAAUACAGAGUGACGAUACCUGCAACUCGCAACAUUCGUUUCAAAGCAGAAACCCGGCCUAUAUAGUGCAAUCGCAAACUACGGACUCGCGCAGAUCAAGAAUCGAAUCAAACGAUCGGGCAGUCAAGAAAUAAUUCGAACCGCGCGCUAACAACCAUGUCGAAGAAGAUUGUAACCUCCGCCGCAUCUCUGUGCCGCAACCAGUGCCAGCUUUCCAGGCUAUUUUCGGACGCACUGUCGAUUUCGACGUCACGAUCACCAUCGCUGUCAAUUUCGUCGGCUAGGUUCUCCAGUGGAUUGCCUCCACCGGUGGCCACCACCAAUAACACGAGAUCCCUCCUGUCGAGGGCGGCGUUCGGCGCGAAUACUACCGACAACAACGAUUGGACGACGACAAUUCGUCGAUCGAUGGCCACUAACCGCAAGGUUAUCGACGCCAAGAAUGCAAGGCGCUUAAAGAUACAGCAAAAGAAGAAGAAAAACGCGAACAAGGUGCGUAGGGUACGCUCGGUAUGAUUCGAUUCGAUUCGAUACGAUACGAUUCGAUACGAUACGAUUCGAUACGAUACGAUACGAUACGAUAAGAUGCAAAUCAAAUCGAAUCGGAUCAAUGUUCCUUUUGUUACGCGAAAGUCGUGGAUAGUUUUUGUCUGUGUGGCAAUCGCAGCUAUUUGCCGAUGGCAGCCACAUGCAUCAAUCCCUUUCUUCUCUGCUAAUUCUUUUUGUUUCGUCUUGUUGUGUUGUUUCUGCUCCCAUGUCACGAAUAUCGCAGCCCGGAGCAGCAGUGGCCACCGCGGAAGAUGCUUCUGGCGAAACCGCCGACAAAAACAGCCCCUUCCUGCAGCACCAGGAGUGGGUCAAGUUCCAGCAAUCUAUCACGGUCGAGGGCUUCCAGACCGGCCAGACCACAACCGCCACCGCCCUCAAGAAGAGCAGGGGCGGGAAGCAGGCCCGGAGAAAGCGGGAGAAGGAACUUGCACGCCUAGGUGCUCUCUCCGACCCGUCGGAAGAGAACAUCUCGGCGGUCGCCCAGAAAUUCCCGGCCAUUCGCUACUCACCGGAGGAAACAGAGGAACUCCUCAAGCAAGCAUACGCGACCCUCCCGGAGCGGGCCGGGAAGCGGGGGAACCGCAACCUCCGGCGGCAGGCCGAACGCUGGCGCAGGGUCCGGAAGAUCCGUUCCGAUUACAAGGCCCACAUUCUGGAAGCACACCACCGCCGGAUGGAGGCCCGUAGCUACAAGCGGGAGCGGACCAAGGCCGCCAGGGAGGAAGCGGCACACCUGCGGCAAAAGGACGUAGAGUACCAGGGAGCCGUUCUCAGGCGGUGGGCAGAGACCAUGGGAGGAAGCGGAAACGCAUCCGCGUAGAGCGAGAAUAGAAGGACUUAAAUAAGUGAACCGACGAACCGACUAACAACACUGCUCACGACCGGAAAACUAUUCCCUGCGACAGCGGAAACCUGUUAUCCAUUUUUCUCACUCAAUGCGAUGGGCCAAAACCUGAUGUCUCUCAUAGUAUCAUUUCUAGUAUCACAAUACUUUAGCCAGUCAUGCAACACAUGAAAUUCCGUUGCGUUCUUGAAAAACGAUGCCCAUUCUCUAUGUUUGAAAGUUUUCAGGCAGUGACUUUGUAAUCAACUCAAGACAACUUCUUUGUCCUCUCAGCAACAACAGAGAUUGCUCCUAUCAUUACUGACAUUGACUGGUUGGUAUAGUGGACUUCGCAAGCUGCCUCUGUGUUUGACCUGGACAACAAGCAAUCAAAUUUGGCCAAGAAAUUUUGUUUGACAAAUACAUAAAAUGGUCCAGGUACGACACUUCCAAAAAAUCUUGAUUCACAGGUUAUGUUUGACCCUAUGUGUCAACCAAUCAACUGCAAUUUGUUGGAGGAGGAACUUGACAAUGACACACCUACUUUUGACCCUGACCCUGACCCUUCCCCCCCUAUCCAAAGACACUGGUAAUGCACAUAAUCAAGCUGAACGCAACUGGGAAUGUAAUCCCUCUUGCUUCUCAAAAGAAUCAUUAAACACUCCAAUUGAGAUGCCCACACAUCAGAGCCAUGUAUCCAACAAAUGAAAGGUCAAAAUCAAGCUCUUGAAACUCAUAAUCAAACACAAAAUUUCUCUUGCUGCCAAGAGGGAGUCAUACCAAUGAGAGGCCAAAGCUGAGCAUCUUGAACUCUUAUCAUAGGCACAUGGGAACCUACUAUUCAAAAAACGAAAAUCUGUGAUGAAAGAAUUUUACAUUCACUGGCAUUGCAAUACCUCAGUUGAUCCAUUUGAUUGCCAUAAAAAACAAAUGUACGUUAGGUCAUUUAGGAAAGCUCUGCAUUCCCUACUUAUGAAUGUCAUGUUGGCUACAUAUGACAACCUUUCAUUCCCCAGCAAGAAUGACCCAACAUCCAUUGAUUUGAAUCUGUUGCUUGACGACAACAAUAUUUUUUUGUGAACUACACCACAGAAGCUGUUGGAUUAUUACUAGGAACAAAAAAUGCAAACCAGAACUGAAUGAACUUUUGGUCCUACUUAUCCUCUACAUGGACAGAAAUGCCAUUAACAACAGUGGGCUCAUGUCCGUCCCCCCUCAACAGAUUGUUGGAAUGUUCAGUACAGCAACUUAAUACACUCAUUGAAACCUA